AUUGUAGUCUACAUAAUAUAGUUUUGUUCUUAUUUUGAAUUAGUUUGUAUAAACUCUUUUGGGAACUUAAUUUAUAAUAAAGAAUAUUCAUAAUACAAACUAUUAUAUCGAAUUUAAUGAAAAUAGUAUUUGUAUCAAACUAGAAAGCACUCUAUGAGAUGGCGCUUUCAUGGUAUAAAUAUGUAAAUACAAUAUGGCCGAUAGAAGCGGAACGUUGCGAGUGUUUCCGAAUGGCAUUUUGCCAAUGGAUUAAAAUACAGUGAAGUUCAGAAAUUUAUUCGAAUUUCGUAUGUAAACAGUUCUUUGAACGAUAUGGAUUGAAAGCUACGAUACAUAUCGUUUAAGUUUUUUAAUUCUAUCAAAAUGUCACUUAGGUGCUAUUAUUAAAGAAUGUUUAUUUCUCAAGUUGGAGUAAGCAGUUUUGGAAUCUUUCGUGACAAUAUGAAAUAAAAUACAUAAAACUCAUGUUUGAGUGAACGCAUUAAUAUCGUGGGUUCACAUUCGAUUUGCCGGCAUUUCGAUCAACGAUGUUCGCAGUAUAGGUACUGUCAUGGACACAGAUGUAGAACUUGCCAAAGGUGAAGGGUGUGAAACUAGUCCAGGUUGUUCUGGCUAUUCUAGCAUGGUGCACAGUAAAAAAGUUAUCAAACAUGCAUUACGACAGCAGGCCAAGAGGCGUAGGAAAAAUACAACUAUUGCAGCUGGUAAUUCUCGUACUCUUCCAAGAAUUGUUGUUAAACCAUUACCUCCACCUCCACCAAAUGAUCCACCGUCUCCAGUCAAUAAUGUACAGCAUAUUAACACUACAACUGAAGAGCCUGCUGCCACAAUGAGGGAAGUCUUAGCAAGUUUGCCAGGAUUUAGUUUAAAACCUGGGCGUAGACGAUCAACUAAAAGGUUGUCAGCAACUGCACAAUUAGAGGCUGGUCUUGUAGAUCUCGAGUCUCCAGCAAGUAUUCUAGCAAGUACAAGCUUACGUGCUCUUUUAAAUAGGCAUACUUUUCAAGGUUUACCACCUCUGUAUCAAAGAAAACUUGCACAGCUUUUACCAGCAGUAGAUAGACAGGAUGCUGCUAUAUCUGGACUGAAUAAUGAAUUUUUUGCAAGAGCAUGUUUAGAAUGGCGUAAGCGUUUAGCAGAGGGAGAGUUUACUCCAGAAAAUCAACAACGAUUGAAGAUGGAAGCUGAGAGAGAUAAGAAUAAGUUAGAUCCCUGGAAAGUGAAACAUUUUGAACCUAUCUGGGGUGAAAAACGUGAACCUAAAUUUCGAUCAGGUCUUCAUUGUAUUUUGGAAUCAAGAUCUGGAGGAGCGGUAACACGUUCAAGUUUAAGACUUCGUUUAGAAUCUAAUGUAGAUACACCGGUAUUGGAUGCUCCUUGCCCUGUUAUUAUAUCUGAAGAUAAAAUUGAAGAAGAUAACUGUAAAGUUGAAACAGGUAUAAAUAAUUCAGAUGAAUUGAAUGAUACAACAGGUAUACCAGAAUUAUUACCAGCACAUUAUAACGAAGCAACGCAUGCAUCAAUUGAUGAAAAGCAUAUAGAAUCUGUAAACAUAAGUUCUGUAGAAACAAUAGCAGACGCUGAAAUGCAUCAAGAUAAGUUAGAAGAAGAUGAUAAGGUUAUUAAUCUAACAGAAAAGCAAGAUACGAUCGAAGAAAAGGAAGCAGUAACACAAGUUUGCCAAGAAAAAGUUUCAAACACGUAUGACGACGAAAUUCAUUUACCUCAAAGUGAAAAGAGCCUUCAACCAAUGGAGAAUCACCUUCUUGAAGUAUCAGAAGAAGAUACGAUGCUUUUACCCGAAGAAACUACUUCGCCGAGAUCUAGUGAACAAAUGGAACAAAUAUCUCAUACAUCUAGAGAAACAUCGUCUCAAUUAUCGGUAGAAUGCACACCUCAGUCUUCGGUUGAUCAAGUACCUCAAAUACCAAAAGAACAAAUAUCUCAAAUGUCGGAGGAACAAAUUUACCCUCUGUCCGACUGUGAAACCACAACUAUGCUCGAAACUUCACCACCGCACGAGCAAGUUAGACCAACAGAAAUUGUGAUGGAAGAUUCUACCUUAAUCAAUAAUAAUCAAAGUGAAACAACUCAAAUUACUCACGAGAACCCAGCAGACGGUGAAUCACAAAUUCCCGAAGGAAUGGAGAUCGACAGUGAAACAUUACAACGUAUCCAUGAAUUGGAGGUAAGAGGAGAAAUGCGUGAAGCAUACGAAGAAAUUUCAGGAUGUCCCGAAGAAAUAAUGUACCCUAUACUUGAUGGAAUGGAAAUGGGAUCAAACAGUGCAGAAGAAACUGAAACACAAGUAGUUUCAGGACCGUCAGAAGCUCCUAGAGAUCAGCAAGAUGUAAAUAAUGGAAAUGAAGAUGAAGCUCUUAGAGAGGCUAAUAAUUAUGUUUGUUCUGAAAUGUUGGAAUGUAGUUGGCCAGUAGAUCCCACAGUUAAUAAUAUUAGUAAUAAUAACAGGACGCAAGAAGAACUUCAAGUUCCAUGGCCGUUAGUAGCAGCAGCUCUUGACGGAUCUGUAGCUGCUAACAUUACGGUAACUACUCAAGAUGAAUGCAAUGAUGCACCAACAUCAACCGACUCGACAAAUCCACCUCAACAGUUUAUCAACGCGGAUUCUAACGUAGAAUCAAUGAAUUGUAUUCAGUUACCAGUUGUUCAAGGAACUUCAUUUCAGUCCGAAGGUCUUGCAAUUGGCACACCAGGCACGAGUUGUAUAAUGAAAAACUUUCAGUCUCAGAGUUCUCCUAUCAUUGCUUUUCCACAAUUGCAAUCGAUAAGAUUCGUGCAAACCAGUUUUCAUUCUGAUCAAAAUACUACCCCGACUUUGAACAGCACAUCACCGAUUACGGCUCAGAUUCAAAAUCAACAGAACACGAGCUCGCAAGUGAAUAUAAUGAGAACGCAAGAAGAAAUCGUCCAAUUAAAUGCUCAAACUAAUAAUACACGGAAUAUUAGGAACAACGUAACACAGAAUCAAGUUUCGAACACCGUAACGGCGGCAAUCGGUGUACAACCUCAGAGUCGCGCACAAAAUACUAUCGUUAUUCAGCACCAAACGUCAGCUUCUACACAACCACGACAAGUUGUAGCAACUAUACAACAACAGCAACAACAACAACAACAACAACAGUAUCCUGGAGCAACAGUCGCGGUGUCCUCGAGAUCUUCCCGCUCCAGUAAUCAAGGUAGUCAGAGAGGUUCUAGAAGUAGUAAUAAAGAACAAGGAGGAGGUAGAUCUCGUAGUAGUACAAAAGAACCACCUGGAGCUGUAAAUUUGGAGCGCAGCUAUCAAAUAUGUCAAGCGGUUAUACAAAGUUCACCAAAUAGAGAUCAAUUGAAAGCUCAUCUAAAACCUCCACCUAGUUUACUUGCCAGAGGUGAUGGCGCAUUCACUACUAAUAAAUCUGGUGGCCGUACAAUUACGACCGUCAAAACUCAAAAACCAUCACAAACAAUACAAAACAAACAAGCUCAAAAUAAAACACAGGCAGUUAUGCUGAGACAUGUGUUUGCAACAGCACGUCAAGCUACGUCAGCAGAGGUUCCAGAAAGCAAUACUGUAGCACAAUUAGGAUCCACGGCAACAAGCGGAUUAGGGCAAUAUAUACUUGUACAAAGGACAGGUGUUGGAGAUAGCGCGCCAAGAGCAUCCUCUGCUCCACCUCUACCUCCACAAAUAGCAGGGAUGGGUGUUGGAGUGCAUUUGGUACGUGGCAGACCAGCCAGCGCGGGAGAGGGUUCGCACCAAGCCGUAACAUUGAAAGCAAGGGGUACCGAUGGUAGAGGAGGAGGUGGUGCCGAACCUGGUGCUCCUGGUAUGAUAAUGGGUGGCGAUCCACCACCUCCAUGUGAAUGCAAUAUGCGAGGUGCUAUGGUAAUAUGUCGCCAAUGCGGCGCGUUUUGUCAUGAUGACUGUAUCGGGCCUCAACGUAUUUGUGCUACUUGUCUGAUACGUUAAUCAUUGUUUAAUGAUUGUUUCUGUAUAAAUUAGAAAAACCGUAUUAACCAGAGUGCUGAGUAUUAAAUUACGGAAACGUAGCGACAACAACUUGGAAAUUUUUAUAUUUUCUUUGAAUUUUUAUUCAAACAUGUUGAACGAAUUUUAAGAUAGUUAAGAUUAUAUUUUCAGCUACCAGCCGAAUUUGUUGUUCAGCACUUUAGUAUAAGCGGUGAUUUACGUAAUUGAAAGAAUUAAUGGAUACAGUUGCAAUCAUUUCUAAAUUUUUUAAUCUUCAUUUUUGCUGUGAUUUUUCUUCAGUAUUAACUUACGUUUGCUUUUACAUAAAAAUGAUUUUAAGCUUCGUGAUAUAUUAUUGUAUUUGUUUUACAAUUAUGGACAUUCUUUAAUCAGAUUUUUAUAGAAUUGAAUUUUGAGGAAAAUAAAAUAUUUUUUAAAAUAUUUUUAUGAAUGAUUUUUAAAAAAGAAGUAAUACUUUGAUCAUUUUUAAUAAUCGAAAUAUUACAACUGUAUUCUUGUAAUUCUUAUUGAAGAAAUAAAAAUAAAUUUUGCAGUCAGACUCUAAUACUGUCUUCCAGUAAACAUCACAUUCUUUAAUAUGCAACUUUACUAUUUAUUUAUUGACAGAAGUUUAAGUUUAUUCUUAUUAUAUAGAAUAGAUUCCUGUACAUGCUGAUCUCAAACUUAUUGCAAAUAUCAGGAAAUCAUUCUUACAUGCUCUCUCAUAAUUUUUUGUUCUUAAGUAUGUACAUCAUUUUUAAGCAUUAGAACAGAUUUUCCACAUUAUUAUGAUAGACCAUCUUGUACAGGAAUGUUGUUUGAGAUGAAUAUUGAUGAGUAAUAUUAUUUAUCUACGAUUAUUGCAAUCGAAAAAUCUGAUUAGAUACUAAAAUGUAAAAUUUAAAUAUUUUAGCUUUAUCUCUCACUUUGUUAUGAACAGUUUUUUAGAAUAGCAUCAGAUACGUUAUUUGCUUUGUGUUUGCGUGGAAAUUAAACAUCGUGAAUGAGGUAUAAGAACGCAUAAAAGUAAUAUAAGUUUAACGGCUGGCAUUACAUUAAUUGUAUAUAAUUUGCAUUUCAGAUAUUCAUUUUUUAACUAUAUUUUUAUGAAAAAUAUCAUGAUUUUACAGACCCUCAAAGAUCGAGAUCCAUCAUGUAAUUUUAUUAUGCAAGCGUAGCUGAUACAUGAAUUACGAUUAUUACAUAUGUGCGUAUGAUACGUUAUGUCAUUGUCAUUAUCAUCAUCAUCAUCAUCGUCGUCAUUAUCGUCAUCAUCAUCGUCAUUUAUCUCGAUGGGGUACACGUAUUGAAAAAUUUUCAUAUUGAUAUGUUUCUUUGAAAUCAUUGAUAAGAAUACGUAGUAUUACUGCGAUUCGAUAGAACUAUUGUGUAUUUAUCGCUCAAAUGUAAAUAAAAUCAUUCGUUUAAUGUGUAAAUUUGUUUGAUAUGCGCAGUGAAUGUGACGAAUGAAGUACGAAUUUGAUGGCCGUGAGUGUUGCGAGAAUAAGCAACGUGCUGAAAAUAUAUAUGUACAUGUAUGUACGAAAAUAUUCUCUGUUUGAACAAACUAAAGGUAUAAAAUAGUAUUAAAUCAGAAAUGACGAUUCCUUUUAAAUAAUACAAUUAUUUCAACCGUUUGUUUUAAUUUUAGUGUAGAAUUAACUAGACGACGCUUUAAUGAUAAUAAGAAAUCAGGAGCAUGCGUAAGAGUUGAGGCAAUAAAUUUGAAGAUUUAAGAGUCUAAAUAAUUAAUAUCAACUUGAAAUUUUUCCUUUUAAUAAUUUUGACUUUUCUAUAAAUAAAGUGUUUUGAUGCUUGCCAUAAAAAAUAAAAUGAUAUGAUAAACUUUGGUUUGUAAAAAUUUCAAUGACUUGGAAUUUAAUAUAUAUAUUUGGUCAACUUCAUCAUAAAAACAAAGGUUUUAAUAAUUAUUAAUUGGCGUACAUAUAUAUUGCACAUAAAAAAUGAUAAAUUAAUAUAAUAAAUAAGUUCUUCAUUGUCAUCACAUAAAUCCUCUUACCCUUGUAAUAUCAUACCAUUGUGACUCUGUUAUUAGGAGUUUUAGUUUAGUUUUAUUACAAUAAUAUUCUACAAAUAGAAUUUCACGUUUCCCUGUUUUCUGCAUAAAGUAUUGUAGUGCUUUGUAUUACAUAGUUUUCUUCAGAAAUCUGUCAUUGUACAUUGUUUUGAGGUACUAUAAAGUGUUAUUUUGAUUUUUGGCUGAAAACCAUUGAAAAUCUACCUGAGACUAAAAAAAUAAAUUUUAUCCUUAACUGAAAUAAUCCACUCGUUCAUAGAGUUUAUCAAUGUACAUUCCAACAAAUUUUAUAGUUUUACUGUCAUGUAUACAAUUUGGUGCCAGCGUGUACCAGCAUUAAUCGUUAGUGCAAUUCGCAUUUUUCUUUUGUACUUUGAACCUUCACUGGUUAACGUUUGUACAUACAUUUUCUUUUCAAUAGCACUAAUCCGUGCAAACGAACAGCCACUUCAUUGUACUAAUUUCUCUAUAAACGUGACUGUAACAAGAGCCACUUUUUAAAUACAAUUUCCGUCAUAUCUCAAUUUGUUUUACCAUACAAUUAAUUUAUUUGAAAUUACAUUAGAUACGAUAGAAAACAAAGAAUCCUGUUAGAAUUCGAUAACAACACUAAAUUAUAAAUAAGAUAUACAUCAAACAAUAAUAUUAUCACAAAAUUAAAUUUUACUACACGUUCGCAUGAAUCCCACAACAUAUAUGUAUAUAUGUAUAUGUACAAUAUAAAGAAAUAUUAUUUUUCUCGUGAUUCCAUUGAAUUAAAUAAAUAAUUACAAUAAAUACUAGACAUACAAAAUAAUAAAUAAUAUCACAAAUAUUAUACAAAAGUUUAAAUUAACGAAUUUGAUUAGAACACGCUUAUAAUACAAUAAUUGUGCAUCCGACUUUGACCCUCUGUAUGAAAUAAAUACAUCUCUUAAAAUAAAUUAAUGUCAGGCGGACGCAAAAAGCGAUAAUUUUUUUUCGGGGUUAUCAGAAUGUUUGAUUGAUUCUUUUACUGGUUAAAUAUAUGUGUGCUUAUGUAUGCGUACCUCUCAUCUCGAUUAGAUUAUUAGUAAAAGUUGCAAAUAAAAGUAAAUAUGUCAAGAGCUGAGAAGAAUCAUUAAUAUGAAUAGAUGAAAAUGAAAUAAUGAUAGAACGCUAAUUUGCCAUCGUGCAUUUGAAAUAUUCGCAUUAAUAGGGUAAUUUACCGUAACUUGAUUUCGUCAUUGUUACGAAGAAACAAAUGUUCUGGCACAUACAUAUAAUAUAUAGAUUAAUGUCUUAACAUGUUUACUUUUACUUUUGCUUAUUGAUUCGCUUAUGAUAAUUUUCCUCAACUAAAGUUCACGUUAAAUGCAAUAUUACUUAGAUUUGGGGUUCACAACAAUGCGGGAGCAAAGGGAACAUAUAUGUACACAUUGGUAUUUGAGAAAAAUUAAUCAGAUUAAACAAGAAUUCUCAGUUUUUACGAACUGAGAAUGCACACAGCGCAUUGAUAAUAUAAUCGCUUUGUUUAAUUCACUUUUUAUUAUUACGAUAAUAUUAUUAGUAAUUAUUGAAUUGGGAAGCAAAAACAGUUCACCAUCAUUGAGGACCAAACGGAACAUUAGCCAUCAUAAUGAAACACUUAACUCUAACCAUAUCAUUUUUUUAAUUUGCAUGCAUUAACGAUCUACUUAAGUAUAAGCCUGAAUGUAAGUAGGUACGUAGACUAUAUUAGAUGCCACUGUGUGCCAAUUUCAUACUAAAUUCUCCUUUUAAAUUCCAUUUUCAUUUAAUUUUUCUUGCACACUAUUAUACUUCCAACAUUUAUCAUCUUUAAAUUUCAAGUGAAAAGUUUUUUCUUUCUUCUAAAAAAUAAUAGAUUUCCCUUCAAAAUCAUCUGCUAUGUGUUUGAAAUAAUAAUGUAUAAUUCUCUGUCGCUAUUAAAUUUUAGAACCGAUACAUUUGGAUACAUAAUCGUAAUUCGUACGACUUGAUUCGCUCGUUGUUUCAGAGAUACUAACUAUUUAUAGAAGAUUAAUAGCAUACAGGGAACAAGAAGACACUGGUACAAGGAGAAUAGAUCUAAUCUACGUGCCUCACUUAUCGGCAUAACAGCAUUUUACCCAUUAUUAGAAUUAAAAACAAGAUGCACCAUUUUUUUUUUUUUUUUUUUUU